AUGAAGCCAAAGGUUUCCAUACUGUUGAAGCUUUUGAUAUUGCAACACCUGUCAGUUCUGUUUGUUUCACAGGAUUUCGAUUUCUUCUAUUUUGUUCAGCAGUGGCCACAAGCAUACUGUGACACAAAGCGUAGUUGCUGCUACCCAAAGAGUGGAAAACUAGAAGCAGAUUUUUCGAUUCAUGGCUUGUGGCCUAACUACAACGAUGGCUCUUGGCCUUCAAACUGUGAUCCUGACAGCGUCUUUGAUAAAUCUCAGAUAUCAGAUUUGAUAAGCAGCAUGGAGAAGAACUGGCCAGCAUUAAGUUGCCCAAGCAGCAACGAGACGAGGUUCUGGUCCCAUGAGUGGGAAAAACAUGGCACCUUCUCUGAAUCAGAACUUGAUAUUCGUGACUACUUCGAGAAAGCCCUUGAGCUCAAGCAGAAAGUCAACCUCCUCAAGAUCCUCAAAGAUGCUGGGAUAGAACCAGACGAUGGAUUAUACAGCAUGGAGAGCAUUCGAGGAGCCAUAAAAGAAGCAAUUGGAUUUACACCAGGAAUUGAAUGCAAUAAGGAUUCAGCACAUAAUAGCCAACUCUAUCAAGUAUACUUGUGUGUUGACACUUCUGGUUCUGACUUCAUUAAGUGCCCUACUCUUCAUUACAAAAAAACAUCAAAUUAG